AGGAAAACUAUAUAUAGAGGCGGAUGACAGCAGUAGGGGACGAAAUUGUAAAACACCCAGAUAGAGGGGGUGGAGAGGAGCUUAUUGGGAAGGUGAAACUGCAAAUACCUUACAGAAAAUUGGGAGCAAGAUAAGAAGAAAAACUAAAUAAAUAAACAUUUCAGAAGUCUACCAACUGGAAUACCUUUAUGUUAACUUAAUGUGAAGAAAGUAUUUAUAUCUGAAUUUUUCUAUGUGCACUAGUUAAAGCUACUGCAACUACUGAAAACCUUCGUUUUGUAAACUCAAGAACUGGAUCAGCCGUUUGUAGACUGAGACGUUCCCUCUGCAACCAGCACUUUGUUUUGAACCGUUUCCCCCCAAGUUUCUGUUUAUUUGCCUGGCUCCAGCUGAGCCUUGCCCUCUGGUGGCUUACAACACAAUACGAGAAUUCAAACAGCCAACGGUGAUACUCCAGGGCAGUGCAGCAGCUAUGCAGCUUGAAAUCCAAGUAGCACUCAACUUCAUCAUUUCUUACUUGUACAAUAAGCUGCCCAGGCGACGUGUUAACAUCUUUGGCGAGGAGUUGGAGCGACAGCUGAAACAGAAAUAUGAGGGACAUUGGUACCCGGACAAGCCAUACAAAGGGUCUGGAUUCAGGUGUAUACAUGUCGGGGAGAAAGUGGACCCAGUUGUAGAGCAAGCAGCCAAAGAAAGUGGGUUGGACAUUGAGGAUGUCCGCAACAACCUGCCUCAGGACCUCAGUGUCUGGAUCGAUCCUUUCGAGGUGUCUUAUCAGAUUGGGGAGAAGGGACCUGUCAAGGUGCUCUAUGUGGAUGACAGUAAUGAGAAUGGACUGGAGUUGGACAAGGAGAUCAAGAACAGCUUUAACCCAGAGGCCCAGGUCUUCAUGCCCAUUAGUGAGCCUGUAGGCAUGUCCCCCACCUCCAGUUCCCCGUCCCCGCCGUUCGGCCAGUCGGCGGCAGUCAGCCCCACCUUCAUGCGCCGUUCCACGCAACCGUUAACCUUUACCACUGCCACCUUCGCCGCCACCAAGUUCGGCUCCACGAAAAUGAAAAGCAAUGGGCGCAAUGCCAACAAGGUGGCCCGAAACUCCCCCACCAACCUGGGCCUGAAUGUAAACAACCUCCUGAAGCAGAAAGUCAUGUCCACAUCGAUGCAUUCUCUCUACGGCGUCGGCUUGGGCGGUCAAGCGCAGAAGCCCUCUGCCCUGUCUCCGAACGCCAAGGAGUUUGUGUUCCCCAAUCUCCAGGGGCAGGGCAGCCCAAGUGCAAUGUUCCCCGGGGAAACGUCCCUCAAUCUCAGCCCUCUCCCGUACAACAAUGCCUUCGAUGUGUUUGCAGCCUAUGGGGGCCUUAAUGAGAAGUCCCUCAUGGACAGUCUGAAUUUCAGCUUGAGCAACAUGCAGUAUUCUAACCAGCAAUUCCAGCCAGUGAUGGCCAACUAGAAAACGAGAAUACUACUAACGACCAGAGAUAUGUGAUGGGCCGGCGGGAAGCAUUUGAAAAAAAAAAAAAAAAUAGAAAAAAGAAAAUCGAAAAUCGAAAAGCAACACUUCAACUGUAAAGUCCUGGUGAAUAAGUCAAACGAUGAGCCCAAGGGUGAACAAUGUUGUUCCCUUGAGUAUUUUUGUCAUCCUUUUUACGAUUAAGCUUGUUGUACAAUCAAGCUUAGUUAUCUAAACUCAUAUUGUUUUUUUUUUAAGUUGUUUUCUUUUGCCAAGCAAGCACAAAAUUAUUUUUACUGACUGUUUUAAGAUAUCUUUAUGAAGAAGAAAACUACAAAUCAAGGCCUCUAAUAGUAUUCAAGGUAGAGCUACACAGCCAAUUUUCCAAGGAUUGGCCUGAAUGCUGAAUGAGGGAUUUCUUGGUCUUUUUUCUAACUGUAUAAUUAAUUUAGUAGAAAGUUUGUAAAAUAUCAGAGUAUAUAUAUUGUUUCUACGACAUAUUGCAUUUAUAUCUUUUUACUACUCCAGUGAUCUGUGAUGGCUGCAGCAGCUUUUGUUAUAUUUUUUUUUAUUGAAAUUGUAAAAUGAAAUCCAUCUUUAAAAAACAUCAACUAUUCUAAAGAUUGUGUACAGAAUAUUCCAUUGUGUUGGGAUUUAAAAAUAUUUGCUUUUUUGGGGGGGGGAGGGGAAGUAAAAACAAGAGUUGUAUUUUCUGUUAAGAGUUCAAAGAUUUUUGCUAUACUAUGGACAAAAUGUAAUCGUAUAUUAAUUUUGUACCAACAUUGUGCAAUACUUGACAAAAACAAAUAGUAUAACAAAGUAUUUGGAGUCAGUGUCUUACAUGUAAAGAGGGACUGAUAGUUUAUUAAGUUUGUAUUAAAAUGCUUGAAAUGAUA